ACACCAUCUACGUUAUCGUCUGCAGUAAUUGAUCACUUGGUCUAAACUACUUUACACACGAACAUGUUUAAACUUGAUAGCCUACCCAGCAUGACGCAACGUACAAACCCAUUCAUGUAAGAGUCGUUACAUCGUGAACCGCACUUACGAUGCAGGUGGUUUCGUUGUAGUGCAUGACAGCCCAACUAGCUCCAAUCCUAACUCUACGAUGUAAGGCACCGAGUAUAAGUGAACCUAAUACCCGAAUCAGCAAGCCGUUAUCUGCCAAAGCCAACCCAAUACCGACCCGAACAGAUUAAAGCAAGGGAACCAUCACAAUGGCGGCGGUACAAGUAAACAAGGAUCUCCUUCGUGCCCAGUUCGUGGGUAAGAGCCUCAGCGAGGUUAUCACGCCAACUGCCGUAUUGGAUCUAGCCAAGAUCGAGGCAAACUGCAAUGUGAUGCUCGAAGCUGCUGAGCGACUACAACUCAGCUGGCGGGCGCAUAUCAAAACCCAUAAAACUGAGGAGCUCACGAGACUGCAAGUAGGAGACAAGAGCUCUGGUCCCGUAAACCUGAUAGUCUCCACGGUUAUCGAAGCGGAGAAGCUCGUGCCACUACUAAAAGAGUACCGGGACAAAGGGCGGAAGAUUAACGUCCUCUACUCAUUCCCCCUCUACGCAUCAUGCCUCGACCGGCUCGCCCGCGUGUCCGCGGAACUCGGCGCCGGCGCCCUAUCAGUCAUGAUCGACCACGUGGACCAAGUACCUCUCCUAGCAUCCCUGGCCUCCAAAUCCGGCGGCAAUGCCCCUCUAGUCUUCCUCAAGGUUAACGUAGGAACCAACCGCGCGGGUGUCAUCCCCGGCAGCCCCGCAAGCAACGCCCUAAUCGACGCGCUACUCGCCUCGGAAGAAGCUGGAUCCUCAGUUUUACUAGGCGUAUACUGCCACGCUGGACACUCGUAUGCCGCGCGCAAGGAUUGGGAGGCUAUGGGCAUCUUGGGAGCUGAAUUCGAGGCGCUAAAGCAGGUAGCCGAAGUUGUCCGCGAUAAGCGAGCACCGGGCAAAGACCCUCUAGUUCUCUCCGUCGGCGCAACCCCCACAGCAACUACCAUCCAACACCCCGACCUAGCGUCUACAGACGGUGCUUCCAACGGCCACGGCACCAACGGCGCAGACAUCCUAACCACCGUCCCAACCCAACACCUUAAAGCCCUCCUCAAAACCCUCAAAGCCUCCUCCUUCGCGCUCGAAGUCCACGCCGGCGUAUACCCCACCCUCGACGUCCAACAACUAGCCGCGCACGCGCGGGACCUCUCCCUGCUCAACAGCAGCAUGAUCGGGAUCAGCAUCCUCGCGGACGUAGCAUCAGUGUACCCCGCGCGCGGCCCGGACAACGCGACCGAGGCCGUAGUAAACGCAGGUAGCAUCGCGCUAGGCCGCGAGCCGUGCCAGGAGCCGGAUGGGAAGCGGUACUCGGCGUGGGGGCUAGUGAUGCCGUGGGGAGUGCUAGCCAACUCCCAACCCGUGCCGGGCGCAGAUUUCCCCGAAGUUCAUGGAGGAUGGCAGGUCGCGAAGAUUAGCCAGGAGCACGGGGUGUUGCGAUGGGUUGGGCGGAAGGAGGAUGAGGCUGCGCUGAGCGUGGGCGAGCGCGUAAGGAUUUGGCCGAAUCAUUCGUGUAUUGCGAGUGCGGGACAUGCUUACUACUUAAUCGUGGAUUCUAGGAAUAUAGGGCGCGAGGACGAGGUUAUUGAUGUCUGGCCGAAAUGGAACGGAUGGUGAUACGUGCAAUAGGGAUAAAAAUAAAAGGGGGUUAGAGGGCGGACAGGGAGGCGUCGCGGGAUCACUUGGGCAUCUAUCUAGUGAACCAAAAGUAGCAUAGAUGA